CUGCCGCCCUCGACAGUAACGCAGUUCGAUCUCAGUUGUCGCCGGCUCAACAUCUCCCAUACAAACAUGAGGACCUUGGUUUUGUUGGCAAUGCUUGGCUGCGCUUGCGCGUCGCCUUUUCUUCAGGACACUCCUGAAGUAGUGGCAGAACGCGCUCGCUUCCAGCAGCUCUACAACGCUCAAGCUGCUGCAGCUGCCGCCGCCCCUGACGAUCCCGUCGCAGGGGGGCACCAGCAGUUCCACCAACCGAGACCCACUCACCAUACCUUCAACCCUCAACCAAGCCACCAUCAAACUCCCAUCUUCAAGUGGAAUGGUCCUGUUGCUGCUACCAUCCCUGCUGGCCUCCCAGGCUCUGCAGCUCAGGUGGCAGACACAGCUGAUGUAGAGUCCGCUCGAAAUGCCUUCCUCGCCGCCUACAGAGCCCAGGUGGCUGCUACCACGGGCCAGAAUAUCGCCCCUCACCAGCCCAGAUUCACUGGACCAGUUCACACCGCACCCCGCCACUUCAACGCCAUCCCUGACACCACCCAAAAGUGGAACGGUCCCUUUGCUGCAACCGUCCCUGCUGGAGUUGAUGGUCAAAUCACGCCCGUCGCCGACACCGCUGACGUUGCCGCCGCCCGUAACGCUUUCUUCCAGAGCUACAACGCUGCGUUGGGGGCUACCCAGCCCGCCGCGGCCCCCCGCCACACAUUUGCCGCCGCCCCCCAACCCACCCAGCCGCGCUGGACCGGACCGGUUGCCGCCACAAUCCCCGCUGGCUUGCCGGGCGCCGGGUUCCAAGUGCCCCAGACGGCUGAUGUGGCCGCAGCCACUGCCGCCUUCCAGCAGGCCUACCAAAACGCCGUAGCCGCCACCACGGGCCGACGAUUCUGAGUCAACUGUAAAUUAGAUUUAUUUUAUU